GAGUUAAUUUCCUUUGGCUCGUCUGUAUUUCUAGAAUCUACCCUCUUCACCAAAUUAAAUACCCCUGUUACUUCACCAUAUUACCAGAAAAAUAUGUAAAUAUAUUUUCAAUAAAUUAUUUUCCAAUUUACAUAUAUAUGCCGCAAUUGAUGCCUCUGCAUCUCUACCGUCAAAGGGCCAAAGAGAAGUGAGCAACGAGAAAUAAAGGGUUUUGAUCCCCAAAAAGAAAAGAAAAACACACCCCAAAAAAGAGAGAGAGAGAGAGAGGGGAAGGAGCUAGAAGCCAUGGGUGGAGGCAAUGGGCAGAAGGCAAAGAUGGCUAGAGAGAGAAACAUGGAGAAGCUCAAAGGCCAGAAAGGAAGUCAGCUUGAAACCAACAAGAAGGCUAUGACCAUCCAGUGCAAGGUUUGUAUGCAAACUUUCAUUUGCACUACUUCGGAGGUGAAAUGCAGAGAACAUGCAGAAGCAAAACAUCCGAAGGCCGAUGUCUACACUUGUUUCCCCCACCUGAAGAAGUGACGAGCAGACGGUGAAAUGGGUUUCAACUAUAUCUCGAGUCUGUCAAUGUUUUUGAAGCUGUUUCAGUAUUGUUGCUGAGAUAAUAUCCUAAACUCUUGAUGGUUUUAAGUGUAUUGAAACUCUGAAAUAUGUUCAUAUUAUCUCAGUCUAUAUAAAUAUUCUCUGCCCUGUUAUAACGCA